AUGGAAGUCGAGCCUGAUCCCUGUAAUGUCUGCGGCGGGACCGAUUCAAAGUUAAUAGACGGAUUUUAUUAUUGUAUUGAAUGCGGUACACAAAAUACAAACGUUAGAGAAACUAUUUUAGAAGAGAAAGCCUUAGGGGAUGGGACUUUCGCUCAGUCUAGUCGAAGAAAAAUCGUUCACCUUAAAAAGGAUGGAAUCGAAAUGAGCGGAGAAUGGUAUAAGUGGCACGCAUUUAACUUCAUAAUUUUGGGUCUGGCUGAUGAACUGGUGUCUCUUGGCGCAAAACCCACCUUCAAGUUAAAGCUGUUAUGGAUAUGGACUAGAUACAUGAAGAAAUACCAAAACAAAUCUGAACUAAUGAUGAACAAAACAACUUGCGAUGACAGAAAUAAAACUGGUUUACCAAGCUUUAUGGCAGAAGAAGAUAGCAUUCCAGAAGCAGAAGAAUUAGAAAAAGAUACAACCGUGAAAGGAAAUAAAUGUGACAUUACAAGUGGGUCCAGAAGAGACAUCAAGUUUUUAUCUAAAGGACUUAUAAUCGCCAUGUUGUACCUUGCGUUAAAUCUAGAUGAAAGUGAAAUUCAGCUUUGUGAUUUGUACAGGUUUGUCAAAGAAAAGGAAUUGGAUAUUUCUAAUCCAAAUAGAUUUGUACCUCAGGAAAUAAAUGUUAAGAAAAUUCCAGAAUGGCUCAAUUUUGUUCGGAGCAAACUAUGUACACAACACCAACUGCGUGCAUUGGCUAUGUCCUUAUUAAGAAAACUCAACCUAGGUACUCCCAAAGUACCAGAUUUAAAGAAACUUGUAGACAACUUUCUAACUGAAUUGUGUCUACCUAACGAUCUUAAACCCUUAAUUUAUUCUCUCAUGCAUUUUCGCAAAUGUAGUUUCCUUGACAUAGACAAUAGCGCUAAACAGUGUCUAAUAAGAACGCCAGAUUAUGAAGGCACCGUUAUGUCUUAUGUUCUAGUAGCUAUUAAAAUAUGUUUCGGCCUAGAUAAUAAUUAUGAAAUGAAAUUAUCAAAUGUUGUUGAAAAAAUUAAUGAGGAAAAAGAUCUCCAGAAGUCAUACAGGAUAGGUAAGUAUUCAGAACCAAGUGAUAGAUUAUUCUCGUUUAAGGAGUGGUGUAGUUAUAUAAAUUUUAGAAAAAUUAUUCUUAGUAAAUAUAACUCGCGUAUUGCUGAAAGUAAUGGUUUAGAUAUUGAUGAUUAUGUCUACUUAGAACAAAUGGAGUCAAGGCCGAAAAACAAUGAAGAGCUACCAGACAAAAUAUCUAUGGAAAUCAUUAGCAGGUUACCUCAGGAUCAUUGCGUUGGCGUUAUUCCAAAAGAAUUAUUUAUACCAACACUGACUCCUAUGUCUGAUUACACAGAAGUUAUAAUAGAUCAUUGUCAGGAUCCAGAAAUUAAGCUAAAACUUGCUGAAGAUUUUAAACAAUAUUCUAUAAAAUAUGUUUGUGAACAUCUUGAAUUGGUAGACACAAAUAAUGAAAAUAUAGUAACAGGUGUAAGUGAUGAUAGUGUAAAAAUAGACAACAAGAUUGUACUAGGAACAAUUGUUAGGAAAAAAGCAAAAACUAACAUGAUUUAUGUAAAAAACUGCGAGAAUAGAAAUUGGUUAAAGACCAACCGACCGACUAUAGAACACGUGACAUAUGUAGAGCCAGAAAAUAAAGUUAACGAUAAAGAAAGCGACCACGGCUAUGACUCAGAAAACACAUCAAGAGAAAAUGAGCUUGACAGUGUUUUAGAUAAAAGUCAAACUGAACUAAGCAUAGUAGAUGAAAUUGCUAAAAGCGACGAAAGCGAAAAAGUAAAUCAACAAGAAAUCAUUACCGAAGAAAAUUUAGAAGUAAAUAUAUUUGAUGACGAUUUUGAAGAUGUAAUUUAUAAAGAGGAAUGCGAAAGAAAUGAUUUAUUACAGCGUGAAGGUGAUGAACAACAGGAGGACAUACAAAAUAAUCAAUAUCCAGAUGAAGACUUUGACCGUAGAAGUGACAUAUCUGAUGAACCUUUAAUUCCCGCAUUUAAUCCUGACACUUUUGAUCGAGAGAAAACAAUCAAAGAAUUAAUUUUAUUCGCUUGUGGUAAGUAUAAGAUUCCAGUACCUUCUGAAUAUAAAGUCAAAGAACCUAGGAAAAGAAAAGAAAAAAUAUUGGAUAGCGAAACUACUGCUGUCAAAAGGUCAAGAAAGUCUUUGUGCGAAAGUAAAGCAGCUAUAAAAGAGUUACUUAGUAACUAUUACAAUCAUUUACAAUCAGAUUUUGUUACCAGAGUACAACAAGAAAUGAGUUUAUGUAUUCGAAAAACUGAACUUGAAAAUGGGCAUUUAGAAGCAAAUGAUUCUGUAUCUGAAGCUAAUUUAGAUAUUAGUGUCGUUGAAAGACACUCAACUACAGAAAAUCAAUUAGAGAACCCAGUAACACAAAGUGAACUAAAUAGCACAAUAGGGGCAAUAGACGAACCAGACUUCAAUGCGACAGAUAAAACAGACACUAAUGAUAAAACACAAGUAAUUGACGAGAAUGUUGAGAAACAAUUGUUUGAAGAUGACGAAGAUAUGAAUUUAAACGAUUUGAUACCGAAAGGCGACCCUGAAUUUGACGAAAAAAAGUAUGAGGUAGAUCAGUUAUACAUCGAAAUAAAAGAAGAGAAUGAAGAAGAAGUAAAAGACAUAAUGUUGGAUGUAAAAGCUGAUCCAGAAUUAGAUGAAAUACUUGUAAAAAAGAUUGAAGAAUGCGAAAGUGGUACAACAUUUGCGGAGUUAAAUCCUGAACCAAAAAAGAAAUGUAUUAAUAAAGAAGAGAGCGAUUCAGAAGACGAUAUACCUUUGAGUGUCUUUAAACAAGAAGCAAUGUUGAUAGAAAAGAUGUUUCUUGAAGAAGAUAACUAUGAAUAUUUAAUUAAGAAAGAAAAUAUCCCUGAAUUUAAAUAUUGGGUUAGACGCUACGACCCAGAUUACAUGUUGCGGUGUACAGACCAUCAUACAAAAUUCGAUGAGGAGCUUAAAGAAAACACUUCAACCAGUUUCUAUUUUGUCAUACAAGAAUGUGCAUCGGUUAUUAACUGUACAAACUUCUAUUUGUACAAAAAUAUGCAGCUUUUAGAGGAGUACUUGAUUUCUAAAGCUAAAAACCUCACAGCAAAGUUUCAUGACGAAGACAAUGAUUCAUUCGUGAUUCCUGAAUGA